CAUUUUUUCAACUGUGAGAGGGAACAAUAGACAGAAAAGAGGGAAGAACGACGAGAGAGCACAAGGUUGAAGAUGACUGAAGAAUGUUACGCCUGCUUUGAGUAAAAUCCCUUCUUCGAAAUUAGGGUUUUCUCUCCAUCAUCUCUUCUCAUUCACAAUCCGCACGCCACCAAAAUAGCAAUUGGGGCUUCCAACUUGAUACUCAAUUCAACAUCGGCGGCUUCACAUUUUGUGAUUGUGUGAAGAUUUGGAGGGAAAUGACGGUGCCGAAGCGAAGCUAUAUUCGAGUUGACACUCUCAAGCUGAAGGCUCUGAUUGUUCGGAAGGUUGGUCAGCAGAGAGCUGGCAAGUACUUUGGUCAGCUUGGAAGGUUGUUGAGUUCAAAGAUUAGCAAAUCUGAGUUUGACAGGGUUUGCAUCAGGACAAUUGGGAGGGAAAAUAUCCCUCUUCACAAUCAGUUCAUCAAAGCAAUUCUCAAGAAUGCUUGUUCGUCUAAAGUCCCGCCUCCGAGAGGUCCUGCAAGGAUAGGGAGUGCCUUAAGUGGGAGGGAUUCGAAUGGGCUGCAGCAAAGCUCUGUUCAAAUACCGUAUGGGGAUGCAGUUCCUUCUUUGUUGCGGAAGGAUGGCUCUGUGGCUCCCCGGGAGCAAAAGUUCAAGGGCCGGCGAAAUGGUUUUGGACUGCUGGGUAAGCCGCAAAGUCUUACACCGGAAGAAUUGAUCGACAAGGCUCAACAGCAGCAGAGUGCAACAGAGCUGAAUUCCCUUGGCAGCAGACCUCCUAUUUCUGUUGAAGAGGGUGAAGAGGUUGAACAGAUGGCCAGAAGCCCCAGCAUCCAAAGCAGGAGCCCAGUUACAGCUCCCCUUGGUAUAUCCAUGAAUUUCGGUCAUGGACGUAAACUUCUUUCCAACGUAUUAGGUAGCAAAUGUCAUCCAGAUACCUGUCAAAGCAGUGGGGAUCUCCCUGACACAAGAUCUUUGAGGAGUCGGUUGGAGCAAAAGUUGGAGAAGGAGGGUUUAACUGUGACAGUGGAUUGUGUAAAUCUAUUGAAUAACGCGCUGGAUUCAUAUCUCAAGAGAUUGAUUGAAUCCUCUAUAGGUUUGGCUGGGUCAAGAUCUGGAAGUGAGUACCUAAGAAUGCGAAACCGACAGUCAGUAACUGGUUCAAAUGUAUUGCUACCUGCAAGAUACAUGCAAACAGCAACACAGUCUGCUGGUGUAUCUGUCUCCGAUUUUCGUGUUGCUAUGGAGUUAAAUCCACAAGUUCUAGGACCAGAUUGGCCCAUACAGCUUGAGAAAAUUUGCAUCUGCGCUUCUGAAGAAAGAAGCCAGUGUUCUCAGUAGAUCAGAAUUUUUUUCUAGUAGAUGAAUUUAAAAUGCAGGAGUUAGUAGGCAGUCCAUGCUUGUGAAGAGUUUCAAAUGUUGAACUGUUUACUUCAGCUGACAUGACUUUGGGUUUUCGUUUAGUCCUGAUGUUAUGCAAUUUGCCGAAACAGAAUAAGCUGUCAUUUUAGAAAUAAGAUAGGGAGUUGGUCAUGUCAAUACAAAAAUAUUGGAAACUAGAUAGGGUUAAGAAGUUCAUUGUAUCACGAGUGUAACACCAUUCUUCAUUAAUAUCCUGUUCUUUUUUGUUUAUUUUUAGUUCAACUAGUUUUUAUUGAAAUAAAGCACUUCUGAA